GAGAUGGAAAAUGAGGAUAUCCUGCGUAAGAAAGUAUUGUUAGCGGGAUUGAGGAGAUCUGGUAAAACCUCAAUACAGAGGGUCGUAUUUACAGGUAUGCCAGCGAAGGAUACACUGUAUUUAGAGAAUAAUAUAAGAUCCGUAAUACAUAACGUUGACUCAUUCGUCGCAUUACAAUUAUGGGAUAUACCAGGACACGCAAACUUAGACCUACUCGGUAUAGAUUUAUCACAACUAUCUACACUUGUUUUCGUAAUCGACGCUCAAGAUGAUUACACUAGAGCGUUGCACCAAUUACAUCAAAUCAUUAUACGUGCAUAUAAUGCAAAUCAAAGAGUAAAGAUUGAAGUAUUCGUUCAUAAAGUCGAUGGUUUAUCUGAUGAAUACAAGUUAGAAACUUUGAGGGAUAUACAAUCAAAGGUUCUCGAUGAUUUAUCAGAUAGUAACCUCGAUAAUGUCGUACAAUUAAGUUAUCAUUUGACAAGUAUAUUUGAUUACUCAAUAUUAGACGCGUUUAGUAAAGUAGUACAAAAGUUAACAAGACAAUUACCUGUUAUUCAAAACUUAUUAAACGUCUUUUGCGCUAAUUCUGGUAUUGCAAAGUCAUUCAUAUUCGAGCAAAAUAGUAGAUUAUAUUUUGCUACAGACGCAACUAUUGCAGAUGCAUCUACUUUUGAAGUAUGUGUUGAUGCACUUGAUACUUUUGAUAGAUUUUCAAAGUUAUACAAACCAACAAUAGAAAAUAAUGAUGAAACAUCCGGGCAGUAUAUUGAACCUGCGAUGGCUAGCAUCAGACUUGCUAAUAAUAUCACAAUAUCAAAAUGGCAAAUUCAUGAAAACCUCAUAUUAAUUGCUUUUAUUAAGAGUGAUACGUAUGACAGGUUUAAACAAUCAAUCGAUUAUAACGUAACUUUCGUUAGGGAUGCUUUAACCAACAUUAUUGAAAUGGAAAAGCAUUCAAGGCGAUCACGUAGUGCAUCUCUCAACACGCAAAGCUCGUAAAGGACUGGCUUAAACUCUUUCUCACUCAUCUUUUU